AUGACACAGGUGGAUCGCACGUAUAAACAAACCAGGGCAGGAAACGCCGCCAGCCAUCGGCACUGCGCACCACAGGCCGCUUCAGAGCACCAUAACCUGCACCAUACCUGCAGCACCAUACGCAUACCUCGCACAUACUGCUUCGGAGCACCAUACCUCGCACAUACUGCUUCGGAGCACCAUUCGCACCAUACUGCUUCAGAGCACAUACCACACCAUACUGCUUCAGAGCACCAUACCUCGCACCAUACUGCUUCAGAGCACCAUACACCAUACUGCUUCAGAGCAUCAUACCUCGCAUGCUUCAGAGCAUCAUACCUCGCACCAUACUGCUUCAGAGCAUCAUACCUCGCACCAUGCUGCUUCAGAGCACCAUACCUCACACCAUACUGCUUCAGAGCAUCAUACCUCGCACCACCUUCAGAGCACCAUACCUCGCACCAUACUGCUUCAGAGCAUCAUACCUCGCACCAUGCUGCUUCAGAGCACCAUACCUCACACCAUACUGCUUCAGAGCAGCAGCACCAUACCUCGCACCAUACUGCUUCAGAGCACCAUACCUCGCACCAUACUGCUUCAGAGCACCAUACUAUACACAGAAGACAAAAGACAAAAGGAAGACAAACAGGGUAUGAAAGAUAUAAGCGAGAGGAGAAGUUUGCGUCCGUGUGCAGGAGGCUAGCCCCCAAAGCAAGGGCAGCCCGCGAGCGCCCACCCCCGCGCGGGCCCGGUCGAGCGCCGCCCGCGAGAGAGCACGAGGCCGCCAACCGCCCUCCUGACGGCUACCGCAUGAUGCCUCCUGUAUAA